AUGUUACCACAUUUGAAGGCUAUACAUUCUGAGCUGGACAAUAAACCGCAUGAAUAUUUUGAGCGUAAAAAACAAGAGUUAGAAUUGCAAACAAAAACAUUUAAACAAAAUUUUAUUCCGAACAAGUCACUACUAAAAUGCUCGUACUUAGUUGCCCUUCGAAUUGCUAAAACCAAAAAAUCCUUUACCACUGGGGAAAAUUUAAUAGACGUUUGUUUAGAGAUGUUUGGACAGGCUGCUGUUGAUAAAAUCAAAUCGAUUCCCUUAUCUAAUGAUACUAUAAGAAGAAGAAUUGAAAAAUUAUCAGACAAUUUGGAAUAUUAGAACAAAAUUAACAAAAAUAAGGUUGCUACAGUUGCAAGAAGGCUAGAAAACUAUCCAGAAAUUUUAAGUGGGUUUGAUGGAUAUGAUUCCGACAUAGACAAAGAAUAUUUGCCACCAGAAGACACUUCUGAGACCAAAUCUUCCGAUGAGUCAAACUACAUUGCCUGGUGA